AUGGGGGGCUCGUUUUCCAAAUACUUCACCAACCUCAUCUGGGGGAAGAAAGAUAUCAGGAUUCUGAUACUUGGUCUUGAUAAUGCUGGCAAGACCACUCUCCUGUAUAGACUCAAGAUUGGUGAAGUGGUGACCACGAUACCAACAAUAGGAUUCAAUGUGGAGUCCGUGCAAUAUGGCAACCUGAACUUUGAUGUCUGGGACUUGGGCGGACAAACAUCAAUAAGACCCUACUGGAGAUCAUACUACGCCAACACCGCGGCCGUCAUAUUUGUCAUUGAUUCGACCGAUAUUGAACGAUUAGAGAUUGCCGCGGAUGAACUAAGGUCGAUGUUGAACGAGGACGAACUGAAGGAUGCAGCUUUACUGGUGUUUGCGAACAAGCAAGAUCAGCCCGGUGCACAAGGGGCGGGCGAGAUCUCCGAAGCUUUGAAGCUGGGUGAGUUGAGAGACCGGAAUUGGAGUAUCGUGGCCUGCUCGGUGAUCGAUGGCAAAGGGAUCAACGAGGGAAUGGAUUGGCUUUCGUGA